CGUUCUGUCUCUGAUCUGUCUCUCUCCCCUCAGCUGCAACAUCUCCAGCGCAAAAAGCAUCGUCUUUCUUUCUUUCUUUCUUUCCUUCCCUUUCUUUUGGUUUCGCUCUCCCUCUCCUCUGGAAACCCUAACAGUGGCCUGGUUUUUUCAAUUAACCAGGUCCCUCACAGGGAAAAAACCUUCAAUUUGUUUUUCUUAAAUUUUUAGUUUUUGUUAAAUUUCUUCGCAAGCUGUAGUUUUUCUUUGUUGCAUUUGUCAGCUGCCCUCGACAAUGAACGACCUGCUAACGGAUUCUUUUGAGAUCCCUCGGGGUCAAGCUUCGAGAGAUCAGGAUAUUGAACUAGGAGCACAUGCUUCAAUGAAUUCUGGAGAACUUGGUUUGGAGAAUUUCUUCAAAAAGGUUCAAGAGAUCGAGAAGCAAAAUGAGAAGCUUGAUAAGCUUUUGAAAAAGCUCCAGGGUGCACAUGAGGAGUCCAAGGCUAUUACUAAGGCUCCUUCAAUGAAAUCAAUCAAGCAACGGAUGGAAAAAGAUGUCGAUGAAGUUGGAAAAGUUGCUCGUUGGAUAAAGUCAAAAAUUGAAGAACUUGACAAAGAGAAUUUAGCAAAUAGACAGAAGGCUGGUUGCGGAAAAGGAACAGGUGUAGAUAGAUCCCGAACAGCAACAACCCUUGCCUUGAAAAAGAAAUUAAAGGACAAGAUGGCUGAAUUUCAGACUCUAAGGGAAACCAUCCAUCAAGAGUAUCGUGAUGUUGUCGAGAGGCGAGUUUUUACAGUGACGGGCGCAAGAGCUGAUGAAGAGACAAUUGAAAGAUUAAUCGAGACAGGGGACAGUGAACAAAUUUUCCAAAAGGCAAUCCAGGAACAAGGGCGAGGCCAGAUAAUGGACACUCUGGCCGAAAUUCAAGAGCGACAUGAUGCUGUUAGAGAUCUUGAGAAGAAGCUUCUCGAUUUACAACAGAUAUUUAUGGAUAUGGCGGUGCUGGUUGAUGCACAAGGGGAAUUGCUUGACAACAUAGAAACCCAGGUAUCAAGUGCAGUAGAUCAUGUACAGCAGGGGAAUACCGCUCUUCAGAAGGCCAAGAAGCUACAAAAGAAUUCGAGGAAAUGGAUGUGCAUUGCGAUUCUCAUUCUUCUUAUCAUCGUUGCAAUCAUUGUGGUGGCGGUGUUCAAGCCGUGGCAGAGCAACAAGGGUGCUUAAAUUAGCUCCUAUGAUAAUUUGUAACUGAUAAGUAUAGGGGAUUACAACUGACACUUUGGGACUCGAACAAAUCUUGUGAAUCAUUUCUAGCCCUUUUGUUCUCCUGUGAUAAUGCCCGCAUGUAACACUAUUAAUCGAAACAAACUGUCACUAUAUUCUUUAAGGGAUUCUUUAAUAUGCAUAAAAGAAAACUCUCUUUUUUCUUC